AUGCCCGUCUACCAUAUUGUGCUCUUUCGCCUCAAGCAAGGCGUAACUACGGCUCAAUUGUCUGCCUGGUCCCAGAAAGCUAAGGACAUGGUUGGCCAAAUUCCAGGACUUGUAUCACUGCAGUGUGGUGAACCGCUGCCCAUCUCAAUCCCUCGGGCUCAAGGAUUCAAUAUGGGUCUUGUUGCGGUCUUGGAGAAGCCGGAUGAUAUUGCAACCUACGCCGUGCAUCCGGCGCAUUUAGAGUAUGUUACCACACCCUCGCCGCUCGUUGACGAGUGGAAACAAUGCAAACCCGUAUCAUCUUAUUAA